AAAAGCAAAGUUUGUGGGGAAUAAUAGCCAUUUUCUAUACUUUUGAGGCAUAAGCAAUUAGGGCUCAUGUCUCUGUGUGUGAUUACGUCACAGAUAUAUAUACAGUAUAUAAUUUUUUGUUACUAUUAUUUCCUUAUAUAUUUUUUUUUUGUUUAUUUGCAUUUUAUUAACAUUGUUUAUUUAUUUAUUUAUUUAUUUAGUCUUUGUUAUUGUCAUAGUUUAUUAGACAGCUUUUGCCCUUGCAUUAAGAACUGUAGUGAUUCAAAAAGGGUUCUUUUUGUUAAAAUUCUGACGCAACCUUUUGAAUAUCAACGUCAGUCUCGGUUUCAGCUGAAGCAGAGACCUGUAUUUAUUGUUUUAGUUCGUCCAGUAAAUCGCCUCUCCUCCUCUUUGUGUCGACCAUCUCUGGACUGAGACGGCUCCCCCGAGAAUGAAGAAAUUCAUAAACAUAUUCGCCGCCUCCUUUAUAUUUUGCUUGUGUGUUUUCGUCUCCGACAACAACGAGAUUGACGCUUCUAACGGGAAGGUGCAUUUCGGUGAAUGGAGUCGCUGGGUGUGUAUGUGUGAUCUCGGGAAGAAGACCCGGGAAAGGAGCGCUACUCAUAUUAAUGGCGGGAUUCAAAUCGACCGCAAGAAAUUACUGCAAAAAAUGCCUUGCGACCGGACUAGCUGCUCAGUCUGCGACCCGGAACAGUGUCCGUCCGCCGAACCCGCAGACAUCAGCAAACUCCUGGUUUUAAAAACGUUUGAAAGUGAAGUCAAGACUCUCAAGGAUACCGGGACACAGACAACGACACAACCGGCGGGGAAAAGGACAGCAGACAUAGGGACUGAAAGAAAGGAAGCAGAGCUGGACCUAGCGAUGCCAGUAGAGAUGGAAGAGAAGAAAGUAGAGAUGGAGGAGAAGAAAGCAGAGAUGGAGGAGAAGAAAGUGGAGAUGGAGGAGAAGAAAGUGGAGAUGGAGGAGAAGAAAGUGGAGAUGGAGGAGAAGGAGGUCGAGAUGGAAAAGAAUAGAGUCGAGAGGGAAAAGAAAAAAGUCGAGAGGGAAAAGAGGAAAGUCGAGAUGGAAAAGAGGAAAGUCGAGAUGGAAAAGAGGAGAGUCGAGAUGGAAAAACAGUUUGUUGAGAAGCAAAUAGAGGUUAUACGAAUUGAAAGAAAACUGUUAGAGUUGGAGAAAGGAGGAAAAACGACAAAGACUCCAAACAAAACGACAAAGACUCCAAACAAAACGACAAAGACUCCAAACAAAACGACAAAGACUCCAAACAAAACGACAAAGCCAACAGAGGGAACGACAAAGACUCCAAACAAAAUGACAAAGACUACAAAGAAAACGACAAAGACUCCAAACAAAACGACAAAGCCAACAAAGGGAACGACAAAGACUCCAAACAAAACGACAAAGCCAACAGAGGUACCGACAAAGACUCCAAACAAAACGACAAAGCCAACAAAGGGAACGACAAAGACUCCAAUCAAAACGACAAAGCCAACAGAGGUACCGACAAAGACUCCAAACAAAACGACAAAGCCAACAGAGGGAACGACAGUGACUAUGAAAACAACAUCAGCAGCUAUGAAAACAAUGUAAAUGAUCCACUCGAGAAACAAACACAGAAACUGUGGGGAAAAUGACACGAGGUCUGGAAAAAAAAUGUAAAUGAUCCAAAACCUAGAUUUAAAAAAGUCGGGAGCUGCUUUUGGACAUUGAAUUUGUUAACGGAGGUGAAAAAAAGUGUGAUGGCGAUAAUACACAAAGACACAUCUGCGUGUUAAACGAUCUGAAUUUGAUACCAUUCCAAUGAUAUUUAUUCAAGUAUAUCAAUUCCAUGUUAUUUUUGUAUUGAUGAUAGAUUCAAAAAUAAAAGUUGU